CUCAGUCCAAGUUAAAGUUUGCAGCCUGUAUCUCCCGUCUUCUCUUUUCCUCUGUCUCGCCUACGCUUCUCCAUCUUUUGUCUUUUUUUUCUUUCUCAUUCUUGUAACCGCCCUCCCAUCUUCGUCUUUCCUCUCAGACGGGCGUUUGUUGGCAAAAUGGCCACGACGGGCCUAGGCCAGCAAGGACACCCACCACCGACGCCGCCGGUAGACGCGCUUGCAGCGCCUGACAUAAGCUUCCGCCAUCCCGGCUACGAGGGCGAGUCGAAUCAAUUGCUCCGUCUUCCGCGGGUCGACACGGAGGAUAAUCAGGAAUUCGGCAUACACCAUAAGACGGCACUUGUUGCGUGCGAGAUUGUCGCAGGUAAUCGGUUCGACGAAGGCUACCUUUCCCCGCAUAGGACGGGCCAGCCAAUUCAGACGCUAAUGGAUGGCGUCUUGACCCAGGAUCAAUAUUACUUUAUCAUUGACGGUUGCAAAGAACCCUACCCCGUCGUUCCCAACUUUCGCGACUGGCAAUUUCCCCACGGCCGCAUCCCUAAAUAAUUACUGGCCAGCACGACCCUAUCCUUCUGUUAAGUAUUCGUCGGCCUGUGCUGUUACUAGAACUUCUUUGGGCUACUGAGAAUGCCCGUCUGGUCCCGAGAGAAGAACGCGUCUGGUAUAUCAAGAGGGAAUUUCUCCAGGGGCAUGUGCCAUUUGCUCCGCGGGCAGGCGGUUAGUGUAUUACAGGUGGCAGUUGCUUUUGCUCUUGUCUAUUGCUAUCGCUCUCUGUUGCUCUUGCUGUUGCUGUUGCUGUCUAUCGCUCUUGCCAUCGCUCCUAUCGCGAUUGCUGUUUCUGUAUAUUGCCCUUGCUGUCGCUGUCUGUUGCUAUUGCCAUGCUGUCUAUCGCUAUUGCUAUUGCUGUC